GAAAUAAAAUUAUGAGUGUGUUUGUUUACAUGUGUGAACGAUAUGAUUUGCCGCAGUUCACAUCCGGUGACGGGGACUUUUAUCUCCCACAAUGCCCUGCUCUCUCUCUCUCUUCCGGUUGUCGUCCGCUUCGUGUGGCAGACAGUGAUCAGAAAUGGCCAAGUCGAAGAACCACACCACACACAACCAGUCUCGUAAGUGGCACAGAAACGGCAUCAAGAAGCCUCGCUCUCAGCGCUACGAGUCUCUCAAAGGGGUGGAUCCCAAGUUUCUGAGGAACAUGCGCUUUGCCAAGAAACACAACAAGAAGGGGGCGAGGACUAUCGCUAGGAAAGCAGCAGCGGCGGCGACGAAAUAGAUGAAGGCCGCUGAGUGACCGGUGUACAGACGUUCUCCAGAAGGACUUUAUACCAAACACAAUAAAGCCAUGCUUUGAGAACAUCCUGUCUGUCUCGCUCUCGUAACUUCAUAAAACUUAUUAAAACUUAAA